AUGGACGGGGAUGAGACUCCGGAAGAACAGUUCGAGAUCGGAGAUUCAAGUCAAGUACCCCAUUUCGACGAAAAUGUCGAACUCAAAAGUGUAUUCAACUUUUCUCUCAAUCAAAGAAUUAUGGAAGGGUGCGUUGUGUCGGCGAUUCUGGAGCCACGUGGCGUUGAGACAAUUGUUGCUGUUUCUAUGACCAACAAAGUUAUCAUCAAAGACGUUGAAUCUCCACUCAACAUCACUGAAACCAUUCGUUGCAUUGCCGCAGCUCCAAUCGGAGAUGGAUAUGAUUGUAUUGUAAUUGGAACUGAUGCCAGUGUUAUCUGCUAUGAUGUGCACAAUAAUCUCACAGUGUUUCGAAACGAUGUUCCAGAUGGCGUCAACUGUUUUGCAUACGGAAAACUGGGAGAUCUUGAAGAAGCCAUAUACUGUGGAGGAAAUUGUUGCAUCUGGGGAUUUGAUAAAACUGGUGCUAACACGUAUUGGACAGUAACUGGAGAUCAAGUGACAACAAUGUGUCUGAGUGAUUACGACGGAGAUGGAGAAACUGAAUUGGUCAUUGGAUCACCGGAUUUUGAAAUAAGAGUGUUCAAAAACGAUUUAAUGAGAGCUGAACUGAUGGAGACAGAUGAAAUAACAAGUCUUGCUCAUGUGACAAACGGAUGUUUUGCAUAUUCUCUAAAUAACGGAACUAUCGGAACUUAUGUGAUGAAAGAGAGACAGUGGAGAAUCAAAUCCAAAUCGAAUGUUUCGAAAAUCUUCAAUAUCGAGGAACAAGGGUUGAUGGUUGUUGUCUGGAAACAAGGAAAAGUCGAUUUGCGAUUUGCACACAAUGGAGAAGUUCUGUCUCGGGAUUCCGUUCCAACUCCAGUGGCAUCUGCCACGUGUAGCAGAAAUGCAGAAGACGCGACGAUUACUGUAGUUUGUCUCGAUGGAAAGGCUAAAACAUUCAAAGUGCAAAAAGCGACGAGUGGAGCAGUGGAUAAAACACAGCAAAUGAUCAGAGAGUUUGGUCAGAAGAAACAUAAUUUGAUGAUGGAGCUCUCUAAUUAUGAGCAGGAGGAGCAGAUGACAGAGGCAGAAAAAGCUGGAGAUUUCAGAAUUCCUGCAGAUACAGAAGUUGGCGUCAUGUUCAUUGUAAACUGUGAAGUACAACUAUUGAGUCUGCGUGUCGAAGCUACUCAUAACAUUCCUAUUCGUGGAGUUUUGAUUUUUGCGGAGGGCCUGUUCGAAGGAGAAUCCUACAUAUGGUUGGUAGAUAUUCCAAAUUAUAAAAAAAAUUUAUUAAGGAUCCCACCAAACGAACAUCAAUCCCGAAGUGCCAUUGAUAUUCCAUUAGUUAUCGACAAGGAUUCAACUAAUGAUUUGCAUACAAAAGUGUUCCUGGGACAUGUUGAUUCAAACAAGCUGAUGGUCAUGGAAAAUACAAGAAUCCUGCCCCGGUUCUGUAGGUUCACACCAUUGAAAGCCGAGUACUCGAAAUUCUUCAUUAUGCCAACUGGAUUCAUUAAAUUUGACAUCAAUACCAGAGCUGCAAAGCUCUCUGAAUGGGUAUCCGAAAGUUUCACAAUUGAUGCGUCGCUGUUGGAUAUGUUUGAUGAGCCAGAAGGAGAGUUCAAAUUCAUGGGACUUCGACCAAAACACGAGAAAUCGUUGAUGUUCAAAAUAACACAAUCCGAUAAAACAUUUACAAUUUACCAUGAUGACAUUGAAACGAUGGGAGCUCUUGUCCAGAGUUAUGCCAGUUUCUUCCAAAUUCAACACAUGGAAUGUGUUGCAAACUUUCCCGAUGUAUUCAAGGAGGCUGAAGAGAUUUUGGAGGAGUUGGAACCAAUGACCGAAGUUCGUGACAGACUAACUGCUGAAUUGCAAGAAAGGCAGGCAGCCGUCAAAGAGAUAUUGAUACGUGCCGAGGAUUCCAUUGCUAUUGAUGAUAUACCCGAUGCCAGAAAGUUUUAUAUCCGUCUGAAAGCAAACGAUGCUGCAGCAAGACAAGCUGCUCAGCUAAGGUACCGAUUAUAUUAUGGAAGUGGCGAGAAUCUAGAAAAAACAUUUCAGAUGGAACAAUCAAGAAAGAUGUGUGAAAUCUCUGAGACGUCUGAACAAGAUAAUCGAGAACUGCUCAAGACUUCGUGGUUUGUGUUGACUGUCGUCCGUAAUCUUAUUUUGAUAUUCUCUGUUUUUUUUUCAGUUGGAGAACCAGGAAGACAAAUUGUCGUCACGUGUCGAGCAGCAAUUUCAGAAGACAAUAAACAGAUUGUCACUAAGGUUUUGCAGUACGGAGCAUCCAGCCAAUAG